AUGCCGUCUAAUAUUCAACAUCAGAAUUUGAUCGGACAACGCAUUGCGGAGGGGGGACUUGAAAUCGUGACUGUGCUAGGCAUCGGCGCUUAUGGUGUCGUUUAUCUGGCGCAAGACACUAUGCGGGAGUCUGAGUCUGGCGACAUCCGAUACUAUGCUGUCAAGUGCCUCGACAGGACCGGUCUGGACGGUCGCCAGCGUGGUUUUCAGCAUCGGGAGACGCUGCUUCACACUAUGGCAUCUGCGCAUUUAAAUGUUCUCACUCUCCACCGCAUCAUUGACGAGCCCACGUCGCCGUAUACAUUUGUCGUGCUAGACUAUUGUGCGGAUGGUGACUUGUUUACCAUGAUUACCGAAAGUAAGCGCUACCACUUGGACACAGAGCCCUACCAAUCCGAUCCAAACUAUGCUGAUGGCCGGCCGAUGCCAGAAAGUGCCUCAUACCGCAAGGCGCGCAUGUCGACAGACGCACUCAUCAAGGACGUGUUUUGCCAAAUUAUCGACGCUGUAGAGCAUUGCCACAAUCUUGGCAUCUUUCACCGCGACUUAAAGCCAGAAAAUAUAUUGUGCACCGAUGGCGGAUGCCGUGUCCAACUCGCUGAUUUUGGUCUCGCAACAGGCAAACGCAUGAGCAGCGACUUUGGCUGCGGCAGCUUCUUUUACAUGGGGCCUGAAUGCCAAGGAGGUGUCGUGUCGCGCAUUGCAGAGUACGAUACUGCCGCAAACGACAUCUGGUCCCUUGGUAUCGUUUUGAUCAACUUGAUCUGUGGGCGCAACCCGUGGAAGCAGGCGACUCUUGUGGACGAAACGUUUCGCGAGUACUUGCGCGACCCAAACUUUAUCAUGAAGAUUCUGCCCAUCUCGCGCGACACGAACGAGGUGCUUAAACACAUUCUGGCUCUUUACCCCGAGAAUCGAUACUCUUUGUGUGAGCUGCGCAAAUCCGUGCUUGGCAUCAAACGUUUGCUUGCAACCAACGUGGAGCUUUGGCAGCGACAGCGCGACGCGCGCAUCGCGACCAAGGCCGAGGUGGCAAAGCGCCGUACAAAGCAUGUUUGUCCACCGGCUUCGUCUACAACGCGUACUUCGCUGAAUACCCGCCGUAUGCGAGGAGUCACUAGCGACCCUAAGACGCACGUAUCCGCGCCAAUUCCUGUACGCAAUGUGCCUACCACUGCCGAUCCAGACUCGGCCGGGUUGUCUAUGCUGGUCCUCGGAUCUGGCGAGAACAUCCUGACAAAUCCGGAGCAAACCGACUCCGUAUACCCGAACAAACAGUAUACUGAAGCUCACGGUAGCGUUGAAGGCGAACCGCAAUCGUCGGUCAAGUCUAAGAAUGGUAGCGCGAGCGCGAGCGUGACCGUUCCCAGUCUAGUGGACACGGCCUCGACAGUCUCCUCUGUGCAACUGGCCGAGACGCCGAUCAAUGCGACAUGCUCUCGUCACACACAAGUUGGCGCGCAAGAAGCGAUGUUCAAACUUGAAUUUGAAGCUCGCAUGAGCUCUGCUCCAUCAUCUCCUCAAGAGCACGAUCCGUAUGCGGACCGUGCCAAAAACAAUGUGCUUGGGACACUGCAAGCGACUGCUCAGCCCAUCCCGCGCGUUUUGAAACGCGAUCGAUGGGUCUCACCGCGAUCUUCGCUACAUUCGUUCCAAACAGAUCCUCUUUUUCCACCCCCAUGA